AUGGCCUCGUUCAUGAACAUGAUCACAGCACUACUCGCCCUCCUCAGCACACCAGCCAGCGCACGCCACAUACACCGUCGAAGCUCCCACAAGCAUGCCCGCCAGCUGGUCGUCCCCAACGUCGUCCCUGUCGUAGCUGUCUCACCUCCGACCUCCCCUACGCCAUCAGCAUCACUGCCCGCCAUCACAGCAGGCAACGCAGCCAUUGAGGACAUUCAAGACAUACAAGAAGGACUAUCAGAUCUACCACAGAACCUCCUAGCCUUCAUCCAAGCCGUGAGCGACCGUCUAGAGGAGGUAGAGGGAGUACUACAAGGACUGGUAUCGAGCUCGACUCUGCCUACACUGCCGGCAUCGGGAGACGUUGCCCACGAUCUUACCGCCGUCACCUACGCCGACCAUGAGCGGCGCAAGCUCGGUAGUAUCAAGCUCGACAGUAUCAUCCAGCUCUUCGAGCACGGAACAGUCUCUAUCAACCAGCGCUAUCUUGCCUCCAGCGCCAUUUACUUCGUCAUCAGCAUCGUCAGGUUUCGCUACCACAUAUACUACAAGAUUGACAUCGACGAGGACCCGUACCAGCACGAGCACAACACACGUGCCACUGGCGACUGGUACGGGUGCACCAUAUCAGCCGAUGAAUGGCACGACGAUCACAUUUACCUCUACGAUACCGGCGGGUACAGGGGCAGUCUACCCAAUCACACUGCCCCUCGACUCCACUUUCGUGACAAGAUUGAGAGCAGGUGCCACUCCGGCGGUUGCCUAGGGGAAACAAUGAAGGAACAGCAUGUAGAAGAUAGCACAGUCAUUCAGAAUUAUAUACCCCCAUAA